UCAUCCGCCUCCCCGGUGAGUCUUCCACAGCUAGGGGGAGACGGUGCUUUCUUCUGGGACGCAUUGGCUGCUCGGAGAACCGUCUUUGCCGACAUGUCCUUGUUUGUUCGUUUUAAUCAGCGAUUGGAAAAUAACAGGUAGCCUUGUCCGUCCGUCUCGCACCCAAGAGGAAAGUGGGGGAAACAAUUUAGAAAAUCACAAUUCGACAGGGUGCUCCACUACUUAUGUCCGCAUUUCGGGGGCCGACAGAUUAAGCAGUCUGCUGGGUAUAACACCCGGGUUGAUCGCGGCGUGUUUGUACACAGUCACCGCAGUCAGGCUGGUUUCAUCGGGCUACCGUCAGCCAGUGUCACCGCAUCUGGAUCGCCGUGAUUCACGCUUGAAUUUAGAGCCAUUAAAGACAGCGUCGUGGAUAUGGAAUGGUGCAUGCUGCUGGGCCAAGUUUUCAGCCUCUGAAAAACACCGUGAUCAUGGAUAACCAUCCGCUGUGCACCAGACUUUGUCCACACACUCUGGACAAAGAAGAUGGAGUCGAGAGGCACGGUCCCGUCACUCUCAACCCUCGGCACAUGAGGAAGGCAUUCAAAGUCAUGAACGAGCUGCGCAGCCAGAGUCUGUUAUGUGACGUGACUAUCGUGGCGGAGGACGUGGAGAUCGCUGCUCACAGAGUCGUUUUGGCGGCUGGAAGCCCUUACUUCCACGCCAUGUUUACAGGUGAGAUGGCAGAGAGCAGGGCGAAACGAGUGAGGAUUAAGGAGAUGGAUGGCUGGACUCUGGGCCUGCUGGUAGACUACAUCUACACAGCAGAGAUACAGGUCACAGAGGAUAAUGUGCAGGCGCUGCUGCCCGCUGCAGGCCUGCUCCAGCUGAAUGAGGUGAAAAAGGCUUGUUGUGAGUUUCUGAGCUCUCAGCUUCAUCCGUCCAACUGUCUAGGAAUACGAGCCUUCGCUGACCUCCACGCCUGCUCUCAGCUCCUCACACAGGCCAACAGCUACGCAGAGCAACAUUUCACUGAGGUGGUUGGGAGCGAAGAGUUCCUCAACUUGGGCAUGGAGCAAGUGUCCAGCCUGAUCGCCAGUGACAAGCUCACCAUCCCCACAGAGGAGAAGGUCUUUGAAGCAGUGGUAGCUUGGGUCAACCAUGAUAAAGAUGUCCGCCAGGAACAUUUGGCUCACCUGAUGGAGCAUGUACGCCUGCCGCUUCUCUCCAGAGAGUACCUAGUGCAGCGGGUAGAGGAGGAGUCUCUGAUUAAAAAUAGCAGUGCUUGUAAAGACUACCUGAUUGAGGCCAUGAAGUACCACCUGCUGCCAGCUGACCAGAGAGCUCUGAUGAAGACUGCACGCACACGCAUGAGGACUCCUGCCUGCUGUCCUAAGGUAAUGGUAGUGGUUGGAGGCCAGGCUCCCAAGGCCAUCCGCAGUGUUGAAUGUUACGAUUUUGAGGAGCAGCGAUGGUACCAGGUGGCUGAACUCCCCACCAGAAGGUGCAGAGCAGGUGUGGUGUACAUGGGUGGGUGUGUGUACGCGGUUGGCGGUUUCAACGGUUCUUUGCGUGUGAGGACAGUUGACUGUUACGACCCAAUGAUGGACCGCUGGACGAGCGUGAGCAGCAUGCAGGACCGUCGAUCGACGCUUGGUGCUGCUGUGCUCAACGGACUCCUCUACGCUGUCGGAGGCUUCGAUGGCAGCACGGGUCUGUCGACAGUCGAGGCGUACAACUCCAAGACAGACGAGUGGUUCCAUGUGUUACCCAUGAGUACCCGACGUAGCAGUGUAGGAGUGGGUGUUGUCAAUGGGAUACUGUAUGCAGUUGGAGGUUAUGAUGGAGCGACCAGGCAAUGUUUGAGUACAGUCGAAGCUUACAAUCCAAAAAGCAGCACAUGGAGCUACAUUGCAGAGAUGGGCACGAGACGCAGUGGGGCGGGUGUAGGUGUGUUGAAAGGUUUACUGUAUGCAGUUGGGGGACACGAUGGCCCAUUGGUGAGGAAGAGCUGUGAAGUUUAUGAUCCGGCCACCAACACGUGGCGACAAGUAGCUGACAUGAAUAUGUGUCGGCGCAAUGCAGGUGUGUGUGCUGUAAACAAUGUACUGUAUGUGGUGGGAGGAGAUGAUGGCAGCUGCAAUUUGGCCUCCGUGGAGUUUUACAAUCCAAACUCAGACAAGUGGACGUUACUGCCGACCUGUAUGAGCACAGGACGGAGUUAUGCAGGUGUGACUGUGAUUGACAAGCCGUUAUGACUGCUCUUGACACCUGCCAAUGAUUAGGAGCAGUGUAUUCUCCUGC